UAUAUGCUUCAAUAAAUCACAACGACCGCCUCCUUAUUAUAAUACUGCAGCACAACGCCACCUGGUGGACAAAAGUCGCAAAUCCCGGAGAUGCCGUUGCCUGUGCAGGUCUUCAACUUUCAGGGCCCAGUGGAGCCCAUGCAGAUAGACGCAGACCCCCAAGAGGACCAGCAGAAUGCUCCAGACAUCAACUUCGUAGUGGAGAACCCAACACUGGACCUGGAGCAGUACGCCUCCAGCUACAGCGGCUUCAUGCUAAUGUUGUUCACCUCUCUGCUGUCCGUCCCGUGUAGGACCUGGAGCAGUACGCCUCCAGCUACAGCGGCUUCAUGCUAAUGUUGUUCACCUCUC